GCAUGCUGAGAAUGCGGCACUGGCUGCUGAGAUCACAGCUGCGUGGCCUGAUGAACAUCUGCCGUGUACUUGGGCAUUUCAUUUUAAAGAGUCGCACCAAGUGGUCCAUGAUCCGGUCCAUGAUCCGCCAAAAACAAUAGAGGAGAAGGAAGCUCCCGUCACUGGCGCUUCCUUUGCGCUCCACUCGCCCGCAUCCAGCGGACGCGCAAACCUACCGCUAAAAUGGACACUUUACCGACGGUGAUUUUCAUUUUUCUGAGUUUUACAGCAACAGAUGGAUUCCUUAUUGCUCACAUGGCCAAGGAACUAUGUCUGUAUACGAAAAACACAGCGGUCUUCGUCGGGAAAUGCAACGCCAGCAACCCCGACCAACAGUGGCGCUGGACGGGGGACAAGAAACUCGUUCACGUCCUUUCGUCCCAGUGCAUGUGGGCGGACGCGUCCAGUGCCAUGCCGCGACACACGCGCCUCGCGGGCACAGUUGCCUGCGUGAGCGCGCCCGCCUGGAGGUGUCACGAUGGGGGGGGCACUUUCGGAUUGGCGGACUGGCCACUGUACCUGAAGAAACAAGGCCAGCGAGUGGUGCUCAGGAGUUACCCAAAGGAUUCAGCCUGGGCUAAGUAUGAAAAGGACUCGCGAGGGAAGAUGGUUAGGAUGCCUCUGUGCGUGCAGGAUCCCUCCACAGCAUCAACCACAGCUUUGCAUCCACCCAGCCGAUCCAGCCCCAUCACUGCUCACCCACCCACUGCCGUGACGACAGGCCUGCUGGUCCGGCCCCGGACCUCUGGGGCCAGAGGAUCCCCAAGCAGAAGGCAGAGCACUGCAGCGAUGCAGGCCAAUGACUUCCGGAGCCGGACCAGAAGGACCAGCAUCACCGGGCUCGGUCCCAGUGCCACCGAGUCUAUGACAGCGGGUUCUACCACCAACACAUCACGCUUCCCCCAGACACCGGCUCCCACAUCGGGCUCCACCGGCGCUGCAUCCCAGAACAUUACUGCAGCUCCUGCUGCAGCUCGUACUGCGACUCUUGUGGCCACUGCAGCUGCAGUGCUGACUACAGCAGCUCCUACAACCACCGCCACCCAAGAGCGGAGCGCCGCGGAGGCUGCGGGAUGCGCGGCGACCCUGACCGAGACCAACACGGGCAGCGCGUCGCUCCGGCUGCGAUGGAGCAGCGCCGGACAGGGCUGCGCUUUUGCGGUGGUUUCCCUGGACAGCGGCUCCGAAAUAAAGGACUGCGUCCGGGGCGGAGGACAAGGCACCGCGUACGAGUGUGAGAUUACGGAGCUGGAGCCGGGGACCCUGUACCGCCUGAGGAUCGUGUCCCGGACUGACGGGGAGCGGCGGGACGUGUCCCUGCAAACAGACCCGCAGGAGCCGAGCCGGCUGGACGUCACGCCAGAGCAGAGCCGCAGCACGACUCUCCACGUGUCCUGGCCGCGGUCACGAGGACAGGUGGACUGGUAUGAGGUCACCCUGCAGGAUACCCAAACGGGUACCAGUAAGAGCACCCGUGUCUCCAGCACGGCGGCCCCCCGCUUGGGCUUCACCGGCCUCACCCCCGGCACCCGCUACAGUGUCCACCUCAGGGCUACUGCUGGGAACAAGACCUCCUCUGUGGUGAGGACUACCGUGACCACAGCCCCCAUGCCCGCCACCGGCCUGAAGUUCUCUGGGUCCCCCGAAAGCCUGGGCAUUUCCUGGCAGCCAGGCCCAGGGAGGAUAGAAACUUUCCAGCUGCUGGUGACCCACCAUGGCAGCUUGGUUGGGAAUGUGAGCCUGGAGAAAAGCGUCACAUCCCACACUGUGAGCGGCCUGGUCCCGGGACGGCUGUACAACGUCACUGUGACAACGGAGUCCAGAGGGCAGCAGAGCAGCGUCUCCAGAGAGGCUCGGACGGCUCCCGCCGCAGUAAGCGACUUGAGGCUGUUGAACAAUGGCAGCCGGGACAGCUUGGUGGCAGUGUGGAGCCUGGCUUCCGGCGAUGUCGACUCCUACCUGGUGUCCCUGACUGCGCUGGGCUCACGCCACCAGGACAGCAUGCUGACCCCUGAUACCUCCAGUGCCGUCUUCAGCGGCUUGACCCCAGGCCGUGCCUACCAGGUGUCGGUCAGCACCAGGAGUGGAGAGCUGUCCACUGAGAGCCAGGCUGCGGGCAGGACAGUUCCAGGUACGGUGACUCAGCUGGAAAUGGUGGGUCUCAGCCAGCAGGGAGCGCUAAAGAUAACAUGGGCUCCCCCCAGUGGAGACUGGGAGGGAUACAGUAUCCAGCUGCUGGGCAAGUCACUGACCUCGGUGAACGUGACGGUGGUCCGGGACACAGUGGAGCACACCUUCGCUGGCCUGGAGCUGGUCCCUGGGCGCCUCUACAGGGCCACAGUGACUGUGCGGAGCGGGAUGCUGGAGACCUCUGCCGCCUGCCAGGGGAGAUUAGCUCCAGGACCCGUGCGUCAGCUGCACAUUCGGCACACAGAUGAGACCUCACUGAGCGCCCUCUGGUUCCACCCGCUGGCGGACUGGGACAGCUACACAGUGGUGCUGAUACAGGCGGGCAUUGCCAUUGCCGAGCGACGACUGAUGCGCGACAUGCGGGAGUGCACCUUCAACGUGCUCACACCUGGCCGCCCGUACACCAUCCAGGUGACCACCAUCAGCGGCGACCUCAGCAGCUCCGCCUCUGUGGUGGGGAGGACACUCCCUGCAGAUGUGACGCAGCUGUUUGUCAGGGGCCAGGGGCGGACAGACAGCCUGCAGACGAGCUGGGCCGCGGCGGAGGGGGACGUCGACUCUUACCGCGUGCUGCUCAUCCACGACAGUGUGGUCAUCAAGAAUGAGAGCGUGCCUGCCAAUACCACUGCCUGCCAAUUCCUCUCCCUCACGCCUGGCGCCCUCUACAGGGUGGUGGUGACCACAGUCAGUGGCGGCCUCUCCUCCAAACAGGCGGUUGCUGAGGGCCGGACAGUGCCUACCGCCGUCAGAGAGGUGACGGUCAGCAGCAAUGGGCGUCCAGACUUCCUCAGCGUGUCGUGGCGACCGGCUCAGGGUGACAUUGACAGCUACCUGGUCACUCUGCAAGACCGUGAGAAGACCAUCCACGCGCUGGCCAUGUCCCGCUCUAGCACCGAGUGUGUCUUCAGCUCUCUGGUGUCCGGGCGCCUCUACAACAUUUCCAUCACGUCCCGCAGCGGCACCUACGAGAACCACACCGUGGUGCAGGAACGCACACAACCUUCCAAAGUGCAGAACCCCACGGCCAGCCACUCGGCUCGGGACGGGUACUUGAAGGUGUACUGGCGGCAUGCGGUGGGAGACUUUGACUUCUACCAGGUGGCCAUCAAGCACAACAACAUCAUCCUGCAGAACCAGACGGUGCCCAAGCACCAGAAGGAGUGCGUUUUCCACUCGCUGGUGCCGGGCCGCCUCUACACAGUGGUCAUCAGCACCUGGAGUGGGAAGUAUGAGUCCAGUGUGUCCACGGAUGGCCGGACAUUCCCCGGGGCGGUGCGCGACCUGGCCCUCUCCAGUGGGGGCACAGAAGACCUGCAGGUCACAUGGGGUGCCGCCCCCGGCGACGUGGAUCACUACGAGGUACAGCUGCUCUACAACGACAUGAAGGUGUUCCCCCCUAUCACACUGAGCAGCUCUGCGGGAGAGUCCCGGCUGACCUCGCUCACCCCCGGGCGCCUGUACAAGAUCGUGGUGUCCACCUUCAGCGGCCCAAACCAGAGGGCCCAGUUCAUCGAGGGCAGGACAGUGCCCAGCAAGGUGAAGAACAUCCACAUCAACCACAAUGGGCAGAGCAGUGGCCUGAAGGUCAGCUGGACGCCUGGCCAGGGGGACGUGGACGGCUACUCCGUGUCGCUAUUUGAGGGCGACCAGCUGCUGGAGAUGCGGCCUGUGCCCGAAAACAUCAACGAGCUGAGCUUCCUGGACCUGACGCCAGGCCAGAAGUACUCCAUCACCAUCCAGUCCAUCAGCGGCGUGCUGGUUAACAACAGCACGGCUAGCGGGCGGACCGUGCCUGCCAUGGUGACCAACCUGCAAGUAGAAAACAGGCACAGCAUCUGCAGCCUGGUGUCCAGCUGGGGUCCAGCCUGGGGAGUGGCUGACAGCUACAACCUGCAGCUCCUAGAUGAGAGGGGCGUCCUGGUGGCCAACGCCUCUGAGGCUGCCAGUACCACGGAACGCCACUUUGAGCGGCUCGCCCCAGGGAAGAAGUACCGCGUGCGUGUGCAGACGCUGAGCGGGGGAGUGCUCAGUGAGGCCGCUGAUGCUGAAGGACAGACACGUCCUGCUGCGGUCAGCGAGCUGAACGUCAAGGCCAACGGCACGAGCAGCCUGGCCUUCAGCUGGCUCCCUCCUGAGGGCGAGUUUGAUGGGUAUGAGAUCUACCUGUACAACCAGGACGAGACACUGCGUGGCCAGAAGGAUGGCAAGGGAGAUGCCCGCGGCUGCUCCUUCAAGGGGCUCCUUCCAGGCACCCUGUACAAGGUGGUGGUCCUCACACGCAGCGGACAGCAGACCAACGACUCCUCCCUGUGGGCCAGGACAGUCCCUGCCCCAGUGACAGGCCUGCAGGUCCAGAACCGGAACCAAACCAGCAGCUUGUGGUUCAGUUGGGAGCGAGCGGCUGGGGACCUCAGGGGCUACUCAGUGCAUCUCUACAACCCCAAUGGCUCCCAGCAUGCCGAGCAGAGCCUGGGGCCUGAUGCCGGCGAGCACCUCUUCCAUGGCCUGGUCGCCGGGCGGCUCUAUUCAGCCAUGGUGGUCACCCUCAGCGGGGAUCUAAGCAACAGCGCCACCACGAGAGGGAGGACCGCCCCUGAGAGCCCAACCUCGGUAACCUUCGGGGGGGUCACCAACACCUCUGUGGAGAUCACCUGGGGUGCCCCCAUAGCUACGGACUAUGAUGAUUUUGAUGUGCAGUGGACGCCCCAAGACCCCUUGUCCAUGUUCAACCCCUACCGCACCACCCGUGUCCUGAAGGGGCUGUACCCUGGCCGUCUCUACACCUUCACCAUCCGCACCAUCGCCGGGGGUGGGGCCAGGGGCGGAGCCACUGCUUACAGCCAGCCCAUCCAUGGCAGCAUCAGAACAAAGCCUGACGGCAUCCAGCACAUCCACUGCCGGCCACAGAGCUCGACGUCCAUCUUAUGCUCCUGGAACCCCCCAGAGUCGGACUAUGACUCCUACACGGUGGAGUGCAUGCAGCAAGACUCGCGCAGGCUGGUGUACUCACGACGCACGGGCCGCGGCGACACGCAGUACCGCAUCGUGCAGCUGGAGCCUCACAAGCGCUACACCAUCUCCAUCAAGGUCAUCUCCGACAGCAUGACCAGUGAGGCGGCUGAGGACGGGGUGCUCACCAUGAUCGACCGGCCGCCCCUCCCACCCCUCAGCACUCGGGUCAGUGAGCAGGCGGUCCAGAUUACAAAGUCAAGUAUCCUCUUCAAGUUCAACUGCAGCUGGUUCAGUGAUGUCAAUGGGGCCGUCAAGUUCUUCACCAUCGUGGUGGCAGAGUCUUCCGACCGUGAAGACAUUCAGCCACAGCAGCAACACCCCCUGGCCUCCUACAAGGACUAUAGGUCCAACAGCUCCAUCCAGGUGUACCAGACCAGCUACUUCCCAAGCCAAUGCACCGAGAGCCUGGACAGCGGCUCCCCGGGUUUCGAGAUCCACCUGGGAACUGGCAUGGACACCCUUGGCGGGAGGUGCAAGAAGGACCAGGACCAGAACGCCUUCUGUGAUGGACCACUGAAGCCCAAAACUGCCUACAGGCUCAGUGUACGCGCUUUCACCCAGCUGUUUGACGAGGAUCAGAGAGCGUUUCCCCAUCCACUUUACACAGACACAUUCCUGUCCCUCCCCUUGGUGACAGAAGCGGAGCCCCUCAGCGGAGUCAUCGAGGGGAUUGGCGCCGGGCUCUUCCUCAUCGCCAUGGUGAUCGGGGUUUCCGUGCUACUCAUCUGCAGGCGGAAGAUUCACAAAGUGGGCCACCAGCAGGGGGCAGCAUUGAGAAUGAGCAUCCGGCGGGAGAGGACCACUUCUGGGAUGCAUGUGGGCAUCAGGGGCAAUCAUCAGAUAUCAAGCCCCAUUAAAAUCGAGUCCUUCGAGUCGCACUUCAUCAAACUUCAGGCUGACUCAAACUACCUGCUCUCAGAGGAGUUUGAGGACUUGAAAGAAGUUGGCCGGAACCAGCUAGUCGACACUGCGCUCCUGCCAGACAACAGGGGCAAGAACCGCUACAACAACAUACUGCCCUAUGACUCGACGAGAGUAAAGCUGUCCUGUGUUGAUGAUGACCCCUCCUCUGAUUACAUCAACGCCAGCUACAUCCCACAGACUCCCACGGUGCCACAUCUCUGCUAAUUGGACCAGGUGCCAGGGCGGUCGUGGUCCCUCUAACGAUGUUCGUUAGCAGACAUCCUCCAUGGCUCCCUGCCUAAUGAACAGGUCACUCGAUACGCCACGGGGAUUCGUCACCGGCCCCCUGCUCUGACUUUUUUUCAUUUGUGGGCUAAAUGCAAAGGCAGCAAUUUUUGCCAUAAACAUCAAGUAGCACGUUGUUCAAAGCCGCUGUAACAGGAUAGUGGAGAGGGAGCC